GACAAACUUUUUCACCGGGCGGUGGCGGAUUUAGGGUAGGCUGCCUCAAGGCUGCUUUCCAAUACGAUGACUUCGCCAAAUACUUGCACUUCCAGUAUUCUGACUCAAUUCAUUCACCAACCGAGUCUUUAUGACGUUUACUGGCGCUAUUUAGUCAUAUAGUUCUGCAACUGGUCUGCUCGGAAGCGAACCGCCACUUAUCUCAAAGCUUGUCUUACCGCAUCAUGAGCAACUCAGCCGGAAAGCGCAAGUCAAUUGGCCCUCCUACCAAUGACCAGAAAAGAGUCAAGUUACCAAGCGGAGCUGUUGCCAAGGCCAAUCCGAAACAGAGCAAAAAGGACAAGGAGACUAGUAGUGGGCAAUCGGAGCCAUCGACGACCAAGAACCCUACAGCCACAUCGCCAUCAACAGCUCCCAAAAACCGUCCCAGAAUUCGGAAACUCGCGCCCCCACGGCCAUUCCCAACAGUCGCACCGUCCGCACCUGCCACAGCACCGCGUUCCUUGCAUACCGAAGGCAAGAAUAACAUCUGUAUCACGCGGCGUACCAAGCUAGCCGCUUACCUGCGCCGAUGCAAGGCUCUGAUCCUCGAAGAUGGAUUUAAAGAGAUUCGAUUGAGCGCAAUGGGUGCUGCUAUCCCGCAUCUUGCGCUUUUGGCUGUUUCUCUGCCUCACAUAGUGCCGGGCGAAUUGAACGUUGAAGUGCAGACGGGUAGCGUGGACGUUAUCGACCAGAUGCUUGAAGGAAGCGAGGAUGAAGAUAGUGGUGAGAAUGACGAGGAAUUUAAAACAAGGGUCAAGUCGACAAUGAACGUCGUUAUUCGCGUAGGAGGUUCGGGGGACCCCAAGGUGUCAAGCAAUCCCGCGAAAGGACCAGUGACAGACUCUAGUCAAAGCGAUGGGAAUGUUCAGCAACCGGAUCAACCGGAGCAGAUUGUUCUUCAGGAGCCUGAACAAGAAGACAUGGACCAGUCGUAGCAGGAAUCACACAACUUUUCGCAUCCGUCUGAAGACGCAUGGGUGUUACCUGGCUAGAUCUUACCAUGUAACGCGCGCCUUCGGAACAAACCGCCCCAGAUUGUGUUGGGAUUUAGGGAUGGAAUACGUUAACGUAACGCACGGAGCAAUACGCCGUUUUACGAUAUCGCCCCCACCGUAUGUAUUCAUCACUGCAAUGUUAACAGCGCUCAUACACCGGUGAGCUCGCGUGAUAUGUACUGGAACUUUCAUUUUCUAUUGUCUCACACUUCAAUA